AUGCUGGGCGAAUUUUGCUCCAAACUGCUUCAACAAAUUCUGUUUGCUUCACAUGGGUGUUUGUUCCCAGCCCUGUUCACAAACCAAAAACUAUUCCUGUAUCGUGGAAAGUGGAAGGUUGGUGCAGCUCGAAGCUAUCCCAAGCUCGCUUGUCCAGCACCGCUCAAACGGGACAGCUCCCGUCCAAGCUACCUGACGAUUUCCUCCCCCACCUGUUUUCACUCGCCAGCUUACACCGUACGCCACGUCUCUUUAUUCGCCAUCCUUCACCGAACAAACGGACAAGGCACUUGA